AUGAGAACCCAGGCUCUGCUGUCCAUCUUGCUUCUUUGCGUCCUGCUGCUGCAGGCCCGGGGAGGGCAACGCAGCCAGGGGAUGAACCAUCUCAAAGCUAAAGCCUGUACGAAGCGACCCAAGGAGUUUACUUGUGAGAACCACUGUUCAUACUUCCAGCACUGUCCACAAAAUACCGUAUGCUGCUCAACCUUCUGCGGGAAUGUUUGUAUGAACAUCCUGUGA